UUUGUACUGAAUUCAGGAAGAAGUCAGGGAGGGAGAUGUGAAGAUGGCAGCAGCAGAGAGGAGACAAACUUCCAAGCAACUAAUUUGUAACAACAACACGGAUGGAAAAAGCAACAGCAGGAGUAACAGUGACAAGUGGGUGCGACUGAAUGUAGGUGGAACAGUCUUCCUCACCACUAGUCAGACACUGUGCAGAGAGAAAUCUUUCCUAUGCAGGUUAUGUCAAGACGAAGAGCUACAGUCUGACAGGGAUGAGACUGGAGCAUAUCUCAUUGAUAGGGACCCAUCCUACUUUGGACCCAUUCUAAACUUCCUGCGGCAUGGAAAACUUGUUAUCAAUAAGAACCUCCCAGAAGAAGGAAUUCUAGAAGAAGCAGAGUUUUAUAAUAUAGCAUCAUUAAUCAAACUUGUGAAAGAGAAACUAAAGGAGAAGGAAUGCCAGGCCCUUCAGAUGCCUGCGAAGCACGUGUACAGAGUACUCCAAUAUCAAGAAGAAGAAUUAACUCAGAUGGUAUCAACCAUGUCUGAUGGCUGGAAAUUUGAACAGCUGGUAAACAUCGGCUCUUCUUAUAAUUAUGGGAGUGAGGACCAGACUGAGUUCUUGUGUGUCGUCUCAAAGGAGCUUCAUAACACAGCUAAUGGAAUGAGCUGUGAACCUGUUCGUAAAAAGAGAGGAGAGAGGGAGGAAGAGAAAGAGGAAGAGGAAGAAGAGGUGCUACAGGAGGCAGCUGGACUUGGGCCAAAUAGCCUUGAAUAAUCAGUACCAAUACCGUCUGAGACUGCUUUGUUGCUACAAGCCAGAAGCACUGCAGUGUAAAACAAUGCUGAUGACUGAGACAUGAAAUACACAUUCUUCUGGACUUGGAAAAAAAAACUAAUCUGUAAACUGCUCUACUGAAAAGUCGUAGCUGAGAGCAGCUUAUAGUUUGUUUACUUUAAAAUGGCACAGAGUUUUAUCUUUAAGAAACCGAUGUACUGAAAAUCUAAGGAGAUUAAGGUGAAACAGAUAAGAAGUUACAGCAGAACACUAUUUCUGCCUUGCUUUCUUGUUACAUUGAACAGUUAAAUUGGUUCUUCCAGAAAACACUGUGAACUGAAUGGAAAAAUAACAAAGUUCGCUAGAGCAUCCAGUGCAUCUUCAUUCAUUUUGGUUUUAAAUAGGUCAUGCAUCCUUCAUGUAGUAUAUAUGACUGAAAUGCACUUAAUUCUAGUUAUGCAGUAGCUAUCUAUGCAAGUCUUAAUGCUUCACUUCUAUAAAGGGUAAUACUCAGGGAUUUCAUAGAACUACACUAGCCACUCUAAGUAACGGAGUAAAAUCUGGGUAUGACUGACCAGAGCAGGUAGUGACAUGAAUGGAGUCAUUUGCUUUCAGCUAGGUGGCAAUAUGUUUUCGUGUGUGUAUGUGUGUGUGUGUGUGUGUGUGUGUGUGUGUGUGUGUAGGGACAGCAGACUUAUGGGGCUGAAGCACUUAAGGAAUUAAAGGCAAAUAACAUUGUUACCCAUGUGCAUGAAAUAUUAAGGAAUGUUAACUGGCCAAGAUGGAAUUGCCACAUGUAAUAGCUUUUAUUCUUGUUAUUGGCUUGUUGACUACAAUGAUUCCUACUGUUGUAUUCCAUGUGCAAUUCUGAGGUCUGAUCUCAGAGUCAGACUAAGUUUAUAAACUAGUCUGCAUAUGCCUCUCUGCUGAACUGCAAGGACUCAUACGGUUUAGCCCAGAGGAUGACAACUAUAGCUUGUUUACCAACUUCAUUGUGUAAUACUAGGAUUGAUACUCACAGUCUUCCUAUAAUACUCUAUGUGAAUCUUAGAAAGUUACUCAACCUAAUAGCACUGCUAAGUUACUACACUUAUAACUACUGGGCUUACCUGGUUAUGAAAUAAAAUAAAGGUCACCCUGGCUCAUCUGAGUGCAUAUUUACACUGCCAUAUGCACCUUGAAGGAGCUGUAUAUGUAGCAAAGAGAGAGAGAAAGAUAGAUGUCACAAAGGUCACUCCUACCAGUGCAGAUAUGAAUACAUCAGUUCAUAAAGCUUAAAAGUAAAAUAUACUAACUACCUAGCUGUUUUAUUCAUAAAUAGUACACCCAGUAGCUCAGAAGCAAAUACAUCUUCUUGUUCAUAUAUUCCUUUGUGUCUUUUUCAAAGGACAAACUUUUUAUAGAUGACAUAAUAAGGGCAAUAAUUUGGUGACUGAGGGAUAAUUGUUCAGAGAUAUUAUGAGGAAGUAAUUUUUCACAAAAAAAACGGCUGCAGAUUCAUGGACUCACAUUCCAGAGACAGUUGUGGAAUUAAAAACUCUAGCUCAGUUCAAGAAUGUAUUGGAUAGCCUUGCAGAGGAGAAUGUUCCCAGGAGAGUGGGUGAGUAGGGUUGCACAAUGGUUUUGUAUAGUGCUUGAGAAAUUAUUUAAACCUCUGUUGAUCUUGGAAGCAGAGGGCGAGAGGCCUCCUAAAGUGCACCUCACCCAGAGAACACAAUACAACAAACUGGCACCUGUGAUGUCCCCAGUCUUAUUUCCCAAAACUAAUUCCACUUUAGAAAAAAAUAAAAUGUCUUAUUUAAGCUUGUGCUUCCUUGAUCACGGGGGGCUGACACCAUACGUAUGAGCUUUGUCAGCACACAUUAUGCAGCUGCAAUGCCAAUUGUGCCCCCCUAACAGCUUGUGCUCAGGCCACCCCCUCAGCACAAGCUGUUGUUGUAAUUUAUUUGGUACAGUGGCACAGCGGAUAGUGUUGUUGCCUCAUAGCAAGUGGUUCCCUGGUUUGAUUCUUGGCCUGGAUACCUUCUGUGUGGUGUGUGCAUGUCCUCCCUGUG